CGCCGUUAUAGACAAUAACUUCGAUCCUACACCAAAAAGUUUCGAUUUCUUUCCAGUCUCCCCCUUCCGUUAUUUCCGCUGCGCCUUUUGCCACAAUAAAGGCAUAUUCAUCAUAUUCCAAGAAACCCAUACCAUAUACUUCAAUAAAGAUUUUACCAAAUUAUUCAUCAAUGGCAGCAGCUAAUCCUUCUUCUUCAUCCUCAUCUUCUCCGCAUCCACUUCACCCUUGUCUCAGUAACCCUCAACGCCUCCAUCGUCCAUGUUUGUUCAAACCCUUUGGGUCCCAUGAUCGUAAAUUGCGAUCUGUUCGAUGUCAAAUCCCCAAAUUUGAACCGAAAAGAUCGGCGGUGAAUUCUGAUGUUACCGAAGCCACAUCUUCUUCCUCUUCGAGCAUCGAUUUCCUCACCUUGUGCCAUAGCCUUAAGACCACAAAAAGGAAGGGAUGGAUCAAUCAUGGAAUCAAGGGUCCUGAAUCCAUUGCUGAUCAUAUGUAUCGAAUGGCAUUAAUGGCUUUAAUUGCUGGCGAUCUUCCUGGUAUCAACAGGGAAAGGUGUAUCAAGAUUGCAAUUGUGCAUGACAUUGCAGAAGCGAUUGUGGGAGAUAUAACACCUUCUGAUGGUGUACCUAAGGUGGAAAAGAGUAGACUUGAGCAAGCAGCUUUAAAUGAAAUGUGCAAUGUUCUUGGUGGUGGAAUGAGGGCUGAAGAAAUUCAAGAACUCUGGAGAGAAUAUGAGGAUAAUGCUUCCCUCGAGGCAAAUCUUGUGAAAGAUUUUGACAAAGUUGAAAUGAUUCUGCAAGCACUGGAAUAUGAAACAGAACACGAUAGAGUUUUAGAUGAGUUUUUCCUCUCGACAGCUGGGAAGUUUCAAACUGAAAUUGGUAAGAGUUGGGCUGCUGAAAUCAUUGCUAGGAGAAAUUCAAGAUUGGCGAAGAAACUAAACUGAUGAGAUUUCAUCUAUUUUUUUCAUUGUAUUUUUCCUUUGAAGCUAAAUCGUGAUACUUUGGUUUAUUCUGUUUGGCAUC